CAUCACAUCCGGUACCCUGUACUUGCACUCACCAUGAUGCAUAGUCACCGCGCGCUCACGAUGGAGAAGAAGGUGCUCCCGCUCACCCCGCUGUCGUCGUUGCGGGUCGAGCGCCACCAGAUCCCCGCGGCAGGGCUCAUCCCAAACACGUCCAUCCAGCAGAAGCCGCUCAUCAUCUACCGCGGUUUGUUCCCGGCGCCACUACCAUCCGCGUCGGAAAUCGAGGCGCACAUAGCGGCGGUGGGCGUGUGCGAGCCCAUGUGGCGGUAUCCGAUGUACCCGGACGACCACUUCCACACAACCGCGCACGAGCUCGUGGUGAUCCAUCGCGGGCGCGCACGGCUGAACUUUGGCGGAGAGGACUGCAAGGGCGCGGUGGUGACGGAGGCGCAGGCGGGGGACGCCGUGCUGAUUCCUGCGGGGGUGUCGCACCGGCUGGUGGAGGACCUGGAGGGCGAGUUCGAGAUGGUUGGGUCAUACCCAGUCGGGUCGGAGCACUGGGACAUGUGCUACGGCCACGCGGGCGAGGAGGAGCUGAUUGCGAACAUCAAGAACCUCGACUGGGUCAGCAAGGAUCCGCUGUACGGCGAUGGGGGACCAGCAGCGAGCUUAUGAGCGUUGACAUGGUGGAGAGAGGGAAAGGUGUGGGCGCUUGGCUGUAACCGUUCUUCGACCACGACUACCAUGUACUUUUGAUACCCCCGAAGAUUCCUCCGCUUUCUUCAAUCUCAUUC